UUGAAGUUAGUCGGUUCUUGAAUUCAAACACAAUUUACUAACUUCUUAAAAUCAUAUAGAAAUUUACAAAAGUUUGAACUGUAUACAAAGAUUUUUGAAAAAAAUGUCAAAUUGUCGAGAAAAGUUUAACAGCAUCUUUAUGAUCGCUCGAAAAUGUGCGGUAUUAGUUGGUGCAGAUGUUUUCAAUCGAAAUUAUCGUUUUACUUUGAUGACUUAUUUCGUCAUAGCAGCUACUAACACCUUUUUCGUCUUAUCUGGCUACACUAUUUAUGUGGCAAUUUACAUUGACCACGACUUUACUGCCAUAUUUCAAGCCCUGUGCAUGGUAGGCAGUGCCGUACAAGGUCUUAGCAAACUUUAUUCUUUCACAAAACAUCGGGUCAUUUAUCGUAAGAUAUUCGAUGAAGUUGAUGAUGUCUAUAAAAUAUACCAGGAGAAGAGUAUUGAUUUUCAAAAUGCCCUAAGCAAUGCCACUAGCAUCAUUUCCAAGUUUUUGAAAUUCAAUGCAUGUCUUUAUUUGAUCGGUACCUUGGUCAUUAUUUCUUUUCCGAUAUCAUAUUUGAUAUUUUUCGGGGAGAAGAUUUUUGUUAUGCAAUUUCUGAUUCCUGGAAUCGACCCAAAGAGCGAUAUUGGACAUUUGAUCCUGUUUGUAGCUCAUUCGACUUGUAUACUGAUGGGAUCUUUUGGCAAUUUUGCCGGAGACAUGUUUUUCUUUGUGUUCUUGCUGCAAGUGCCAUUGUUUAAAAAUAUUUUGAGAAUAAAAUUUGAGGAUUUGAAUGAAGUGACGACUGAUAUGGAAAUUGACAAUAGCGAUCAAACACUGCCGUUGCUAAGGGACAUUCUAAGCUGGCACCAAAAGUACUCAGAUUUCACCAAGACCCUGAGUGAUGUGUACUUUGCUGUUUUGUUCAUUCAAACCUUUACAACCUCAUUCAACAUUGGCAUGACCAUUUUCAUAACUUUUAUGGGAGCUUGGCCAGCUGGUUAUGCUUAUUUGAUUUACUCAUUCAUAAUGCUCUACACGUAUUGUGGCAUGGGAACAGUUACGGAAAUAUCGAAUGAUGAUGUUUGCCAUUAUGUGUAUAAUACGUGUCUUUGGUAUAGAUUGUCCGUGGGAGAACGUAAAAUGUUGGUGAUAAUGAUGAUGAAGGCUCAAAAUCCAACUUUGUUAACAGUGGGUGAUAUAAUGCCGCUCUCUGUAACAACUGGAUUGUCAUUGACCAAAACAAUUUAUAGCUUCUUAAUGAUGUUGUUGAAUUUUACCGAAGAAGAAAAUUAGUUUUUUUCGGAUAUGUCAUUGAUAAAAAUUGCUGAGGAGUACUUUUUUGCUGAUGUGUAAUUUCCUACAUUACAAAUAAAAUGUUUAAGUAGUUGAAAUGAAA